AUGGACAUGAAGAUACCAAAGGUAGAUAUCAAAGGAGGCUACGCCAUGAAAGGCACAAUUUUAGUCUUAAAUCUGGAUGGAAAGGGCCCUUUUAGUAUAGAUCUUGGCGAUAUUGAAAUCGGAUUUGUGGUUAAGAACAAACGUGUUACAAGAGAUUCUGAACAAUUCUUUGAAGUUCAAUCGCUAAAGUCAAAUGUGAAACAUCUCGGAUCUCUGCAUGUGAAAUUUGAUAAUCUCUUUGGUGACAAUCCAACACUCACGGAUAGCGCCAAUGAUGUCUUCAAUCAAAAUUGGGAAGAUUUAUUGGCAGUUAUGCGUCCAGUUAUUGAAGAAGCUAUGGAUGCAUCUCUCUUGGAACAGGGCAAGAAAUAUUUGAAUAAAUUGCCAGGAAGUAUUAUAUUUUCAGAUUAG